UUAGAAUCCAGUGUUCAUAAACAGAGACGCACAGAAGUUGUGGAAGAUAUCAUGAUAAAAAAAGAAAUAAAAUCUGCAGCAUCCAGUGAUCAGCAACUAAUGAGUGGCUCAGUGGAUGUAAUGGAAAAGGAAGCAAAAUCAGAAGAUACUUUGAUACAGGGAUUAAAAAAGCUUUUUAGGAAAUCAUGGCAGAAUGUCAGGCAUGUAGAAGCAACUGAAAUAGAUGCUAUCUUCUGCUCAGAAUCACAGCCACUUAAAUCAAAUGAUACUGAGCCAGGUGGUGUUGUCCUGCAACAAAAAAGAGAAUCAGAAGCUUCCCAAAAAAAAGAAAAGCGACCUGAAGUGGAUGAAACUGAUGCAGUCUUCCGCAAAGAGUUCCAAUCAUCAAAAACAAAAAAAUCUAAGGGUGGAGCUCAAAAGCAAAAACCUUCUCAGAAGAAACCUCAUAAAACAUCUCUGAGAAAAAAUACGAAAAAAGAAGAAAAACCUCAAGAAUUGAGUCCUGAUGCAAUGAAAUCCUUGUUGGGUGGAGGAGGCCACAUUUUAGGAUGA